AUGGAAGGAGAAAAUUUAGACCAUCCUUUCGAGAAGAUCACCAACACUCCAGUUGAUGAGUUGUUUGAUUCUGAAAUUGAGCUGACUGGCCAUUACAAACACUUCAUCACCAGCUGCUUGCAAAUCGACUACGAAAAAAGAGCUACUCCAGAGUACAUCAUCAAUUACGAGUGGCCGUUGGCUCAAGAUUAUGUAGACGGUGUUGAGCCUGAAAAUGGAGGAUACAAGCCUCUUUCCAUGAUCAAAAUUCCUGUUUCGAAUGGCCUCAAGCGCCACCUAAACCCUUCGGAACUGCAAACACCAUUGAGGAAGAGGGAGUUCGAAGAGAUGUCUUUAAACCUCAGUGCAAAGGCUUUAGGAUAUCUUGAGACCCAUCUCUCCAGAGCAAACCUUAAGAAGCUUGAAUUGAACUUGUAUGCCAACAAGAUCGAAGCUGAAGUCGAGAGAGAAGCUGAAGUGGAGGAGACUCCUGAAGCCGCUGAGGAAACCGCUGAGGAAACCGCUGAGGAAACCGUUGAGGAAACUGCUGAAGAGACUCCUGAAACCGCUGAGGAAACCGCUGAGGAAGCCGUUGAGGAAACCGCUGAGGAAGCCGUUGAGGAAACCGCUGAGGAAACCGCAGAAGAGACUCCUGAAGCCGUUGAGGAAACCGCUGAGGAAACCGAUGAGGAAACCGCUGAGGAAACCGUUGAGGAAGCCGUUGAGGAAACCGCUGAGGAAACCGCAGAAGAGACUCCUGAAGCCGUUGAGGAAACCGCAGAAGAGACUCCUGAAGCCGUUGAGGAAACCGCUGAGGAAACCGCUGAGGAAACCGUUGAGGAAACCGCUGAGGAAACCGCUGAGGAAACCGUUGAGGAAACCGCUGAGGAAACCGCUGAGGAAACCGCAGAAGAGACUCCUGAAGCCACUGAGGAAACCGCUGAGGAAGCCGUUGAGGAAACUGCUGAAGAGACUCCUGAAGCCACUGAGGAAACCGCUGAGGAAGCCGUUGAGGAAGCCGUUGAGGAAACCGCUGAGGAAACCGCUGAGGAAACCGUUGAGCAAACUGCUGAAGAGUCUCCUGAAGCCGUUGAGGAAACCGCUGAGGAAACCGCUGAGGAAACCGUUGAGGAAACCGCUGAGGAAACCGCUGAGGAAACCGCAGAAGAGACUCCUGAAGCCACUGAGGAAACCGCUGAGGAAACCGCUGAGGAAACCGCUGAGGAAGCCGUUGAGGAAACCGCAGAAGAGACUCCUGAAGCCACUGAGGAAACCGCUGAGGAAGCCGUUGAGGAAACUGCUGAAGAGACUCCUGAAGCCACUGAGGAAACCGCUGAGGAAACCGCUGAGGAAACCGCUGAGGAAACCGCUGAGGAAGCCGAAGCCGUCGAGGAAACCGCAGAAGAGACUCCUGAAGCCACUGAGGAAACCGCUGAGGAAGCCGUUGAGGAAACCGCUGAGGAAACCGCUGAGGAAACCGCUGAGGAAACCGUUGAGGAAACUGCUGAAGAGACUCCUGAAGCCACUGAGGAAACCGCUGAGGAAGCCGUUGAGGAAGCCGUUGAGGAAACCGCUGAGGAAACCGCUGAGGAAACCGUUGAGCAAACUGCUGAAGAGACUCCUGAAGCCACUGAGGAAACCGCUGAGGAAACCGCUGAGGAAACCGUUGAGGAAACUGCUGAAGAGACUCCUGAAGCCACUGAGGAAACCGCUGAGGAAGCCGAAACCGCAGAAGAGACUCCUGAAGCCACUGAGGAAACCGCUGAGGAAACCGCUGAGGAAGCCGUUGAGGAAACCGCUGAGGAAACCGCUGAGGAAACCGCUGAGGAAGCCGUUGAGGAAACCGCUGAGGAAACCGCUUAG